UCCGAAAGCCUGGCGCGGAGGCGCAGAGGCAGCCGGGGAUGCUUCGCGGAGGCGGUAAAGCCUCCGAAAGGCAAAGAUACUUGAGCAAGAGCCUCAUUCGGCAGCAAGACCAGGCGCUGAGCAGCAGCAUCUAUCUCCUGCGACAGAUCGGUCCCACCGGCUUCCUACUGAGGGAGGAGGAGCCCGAAAGCGGGGAUUUCCGAGUUUUGCUAGGAAACCCCCAUGAAUGCAACUGCCCCACGUUUCUGAAGAGGCGGGAACUGUGUAAGCACAUAUGCUGGGUGUUGUUGAAAAAAUUCAAGCUUCCAAGGAAUCAUGAAUCUGCUUUCCAGCUGGGUCUUGUGGAAGGACAAAUAAACGACUUGCUGCGGGGGAUACAUCAGGCCCAGACUCCCCAGCUUGGGGCGGGUGAUGAGCAUGCGCGUGUGGAGGAAGAUGGCUGUCUUAAACAGAAAGACAUCAGUGCAGGGGACAUCUGCCCCAUUUGUCAAGAGGUGCUGCUGGAGAAAAAACUCCCGGUCACCUUCUGCAGAUUUGGCUGCGGCAAUAACGUGCACAUAAAAUGCAUGAAGAUCUUAGCUAAUUACCAAGAUACGGUAUCGGGAAGUUCCCUGGUAAAAUGCCCACUAUGCAGGGAAGAGUUUGCACCUCUAAAACUCAUUUUGGAGGAGUUCAAGAACUCUAGCAAACUUAUGACUACCUCUGAGAGAGAACGGCUAGACAAACACCUCGGAAUUCCCUGUAAUAACUGCGAGCAGCUGCCAAUCGAGGGGACGUGCUACAAGUGCACUGAGUGUGUAGAGUAUCACUUAUGCCAGGAAUGCUUCGACAGCUGUUUCCAUCCUCCCCACUCCUUUGCGUUUCGCGAGAAGAGAAACCAAAGGUGGAGAUCAGUAGAAAAAAGAUCAGAUGUUGUAAAAUGCUUAGAUAUUAAAAAUGAGGGGGAAGCAAAUACGCCACAGUUUCAAGAAAAGCAAUGGCAAUUUUACACACCAAAGCAAGUUGUAAAGUCGCUGCCUCUCCUGCUAAUUACAAAGAAAAGCAAGCUGCUUGCUCCAGGGUACCAGUGUCGACUCUGUUUGAAGUCAUUUUGUCUUGGUCAAUAUACAAGACUGCUACCAUGUACUCACAAGUUUCACAGGAAAUGCAUUGACAACUGGUUAUUUCACAAGUGCAAUUCAUGCCCUAUUGAUCGACAAGUCAUAUAUAACCCUCUGACCUGGAAAGGGACAGCUGUGGAUGGACAAGCACACACGCUGGCAUCAAACAAAGACGUCGCCCAUUUGUCAAAGCAGCAAGACCAAAAUCUUUUUAUUCCUGGUAGUGGAUUAGUUUUAAAACAAAAUAGAACUGGAAUUUUACCUAACAUUCCUCAGUGUGAUUCUAAAAUAUUGACUACAUUUCAAAAUCCAUCAGACAACUAUCAGAAUAUAACAAUAGAUGAUCUAUGCUCAGUCAAAUUAGAUAAUUCAGAUUCAGGAAAUCUAGCGCAUGGCUAUAAAGUCAGCCAACAUUUCUCCACAUGCCUGCAGGUUGCAGCCGCUGGGUCAUUUGGGACAACGCCGCCUCAAACAUUCCUUCCCUCCCUUUCUCCUAAGAAUAUUAUUUGUCUCACUGGAAGGGAGAGCCCACACACCUGUGGCAAAUACCAUACUAGUCAGAGUCAAAAGACAACCAGAGGUUAUGAACAUAUGAACUCUAAGUCAAAGAAAUGUCUCAGAACUAAAGUAAGACAAGACAAGAGACCGAGUCCCUUACCUACAGAAGACUUACAUCUUACUAUCAACUGGGGCACGACCAAGUUUAGUUUGUCUAAAAGGCAUAAUAGUUCCAUGGGAAAAGUUAGACAAAAACGUACUUGUCCACCCAGACGGCCUGCACAUCCUCCUUCACAGACACCAAGUGCUGCACUGUCUUUAAUAAUGGAAGGAAUUCAAUUAUGAAAAACAGCAUGCUUAUAACAUCAGAAAAGUUUAAAUAUUUAAUAUGCAAAAUAUUUUAUUUGUAGAACAUAAGAAUCUAUGUACACACUUGACAAAUGUAUAUAAAAUACUCUAUUGUCAUUUUGCCUACCUGUCUGUGAAUGACAUACUGUGCUUACAGAGGUUACCCUGCUACACGGGAGACUAAGAUAAAUAGGUGUUUUAAUGAGAAUACUCAAGAUGUUAUCUAUUGUGGAUAAUGAAUAGAGCGUUCAUAUCUUGUUUU